AUGAAUUCACAAAACCCUCAAUUCACCAAUUUUUACGACGACCAGGUGGAGGCUUUUCGGCAGGUUCAGUCUCCAGGGCGAGUCCUGGACCGCUUGAACGAGCCGACAGCUAUCAUCACCAUCGUGGUACUCCUGGUCGCGUUGGUUCUCAAAAUUAACACCAUUGAAUCGUCUUUCGAAUCCAUCGCUUACUCGAUAGCUACACACCUUUGGGACUUGCUUGUUUCGGCAAUCCCAACAGCAAUGCUGGUUGCUGUCCAUAACUGGGUCAACCCAAAGUCCAUGACUGAGCCGCCUCCGGACACGCACGCUGCCAAAAGCAAGAUGGUGAGAAGAAUAGUGGGCUUGGACCGCCCAGGCGGCAUGAUGGAACAUGUUUUCCUGGCAAGAAAUAGAGCCCUAUCCGUUACAGGCAGCGUGUUGGGUUUGAAGCUGGAUCUGGAACGGCCGGCAGGUUUAGGCAAUCGGGAUAAUUCCUGUUAUCAGAAUAGCAUCCUGCAAGGCCUCGCCUCCCUCCCUUCAUUCCCCAACUAUCUCUCGGCAUGUGUACGGGCCAUCGACAUGCAGCGACCGACCGACGACGUGGCGCAUACUUUACGAUCCCUCAUCGCGGACCUCAACGACUGCACAAACAAUGGGAAAACGAUAUGGACCCCAAGUCUCCUAAAGUCCAUGAGCACAUGGACUCAACAGGACGCGCAGGAGUACUUCUCCAAGAUACUUGAUGAUGUGGACAAGAGUGUUGCCAGGGCAAUCAAGUCCACGCGGCGGCAUUGCGGCUUGGGAUCCGACUGCAGCAGCAAAGACGAUUUCGUCUAUAGCGAACACAGCCAGCACAGCGAUGACAGUGGGUAUCAGAGCCUCCAAUCGAACGCGGAGCUUGCAGCCGCAAAAACUCUUCGCAAUCCUCUAGAAGGCCUGCUUGCGCAGCGAGUGGCAUGCGUUCGAUGCGGGCAUUCGGAAGGUUUGUCAAUGAUACCUUUCAGCUGUUUGACGCUCAGUCUUGGCCUGGACAAGCAUCAUCACGACCUCUACGAGCGGCUUGAUGCCUACAGCAAGGUGGAGGAGAUUGAAGGGGUCGAAUGCCCCAAGUGCACACUGCUCAAGGCUCAAAACCUGCUUACCAAGCUGCUGGAACAGUUUCGCGCAAGGGAUUCCCCUUUCAGAUUGGAAGAGCCGCUUCGCAGACUUGAACAAGUCGAGCUAGCUCUCGAGGAGGACGACUUUGACGAAAGGACAAUCACAGAAAAGUGCAACAUCUCAUCCCAAGGCAAAGUCACGACUACCAAAACUAAGCAAAUUGUGAUUGCGCGCCCACCACAGAGCCUGGCCAUUCACGUGAAUCGAUCCGUUUUUGACCCGAGGACGUUUGAUAUGAUCAAGAAUUCUGCCCCCGUCUCAUUCCCACAAACGCUGGAUCUCGGUCCUUGGUGCCUGGGAAGUGGCCAAGAUGCCGAGGAGAAAUUAGCUGGCGAUGGCGGAUCUGAGCAAGAACAAUGGCUCCUGGACCCAAGACGCUCCAUGGUUGCCGGUGACUUGAGUCCAUCGAGACUGACAGGCCCCAUUUACGAGCUUCGAGCAGUUGUUACUCACUAUGGACGCCAUGAAAAUGGCCACUAUAUAUGUUACAGGAGGUACCCUGAUUCUGAGGCGCCCGAGAGCAACGAAGCAUCUUCAACCGUUGUCAUCGAUGGCGAUAAAGAUGAUGGUGGCCUGGCAGAAGACCAGAAGCCACGAAUGCGAUCCAAGGCAAACAACCCGGGCUGGUGGCGUUUGAGCGAUCACAAUGUCAGCAAAGUCGACGAAGACGUGGUCAUGUCGCUGGCUCCUGGAGUUUUUAUGCUCUUUUACGAAUGUGUGGAUCCUAGCAUAGUUCUGCAAGCCGAAGAAGCCAGGAUGGAGGAUGCUCAGGAGAUGGCGGUGCCUGACCUGAAGGACGACGAGAUGCCAAGCGGAAUGGCAACCGAACCUGCUGAUAUUGCCGUGUUCGAAAGGCAGGACCUACACACAGGGACGGGAAGCGGACCGACGAGAUGUGCUCUCUCCAGCAGCACAGUUGACGAGCUUUCCGAGCCCGAAACGUUGGACACCAGCAGGGACACAGCAGAUGACUCGACAACUGUGACGUCUGCACCAUCCAGCGUUUCGCAUUGGACGCAUGAUGAUGAGGAAGAACAGCUGGAUGGUAAGGGUCCGUCUUGA